UUUCAAGCAAAGGAGAAAACUGCCUCCACCAAACCAAAACGACGCCGUUUUGUGCACUUCAGAGAAAAAAAUGAAGGAAAUAGGGUGGAUAUCGGGACGAGGCUAUCAAACUUUUCCAAAAUCCCUAAUCGUUGUCUCCAGUCUCCAGCACUCCAAUGAGGCAGGCCUGCCGCCCCCUCCUUACUCGUCAUCGCCUGUCGCCGCCAUCGCGAGGCAGGCCUUCCAGGCUCUAGCGAAGAAUCUGCAGCUGCUACAAGGCUUUCAACCGUUGCCGCCAGUCCACCACCUUCCAGCGAAGAAUUUGCAGCUACUAUAAUGCUCCAAGCCUCCAACACGGCAGCGUCUGUCGCUUAUCGCCCAUCGGACUCGUCAUCGCCUGUUGCCACUCGCCGACGACACAACUGGUUAGUUUCUGUCUCUUCCUUUUCCUAGCCCAUCUCCACUUCAGUCUUCACUAAUUUGAGUAGUUGUGGUUCAUUGUACAUCAGUAACUAUGAAGAUUCGUCGUCUACUCAAUGAAGGGGAAAGCAAUUGUUUUUAUUAGCUCCUAUGACAAAGAGUUGGAUUGUACGAUUAAUUAAUAUAGAGGCGGAGGCGGAAACAACGGUGGCUGUUGUAGUGGUGGGAGAUCGAUGGAUCGAAGAGUACAGCGGAAGAGCCAUGUGGUCAUUGCUCGAUAAUAGUUUGCUUUAAUUUAGACAUGAAUUGCGGGUAUUUAUUCUUUUAUCUAAACUCUGUGAACUCAUAUUUUACAUAGUUUAUUCCGUAUUUAACAAAUUUUUAACUAUUAUACAGGAUGCAUAAAAACUUACGCUUUUACGCUUUGAUUCACCGAUUUUCGAUUUUACCCAUUUUACGCUUUUAGGUAGAAUCGCGCUUUUGACGGCAUUGAUUGAAAGUAGUGAAUUGACGACUUUAGUCGAGAAGUCAAUUCACUAUUCUGUACUGAAUUCACUUCGAUAGUGGAGGUUUGGUUCGUUAGGGCCUCAAUCUGUUUACUCCGGUGGAGGUUAGUCGCCCGCUAGAGACUCAGAUUGAGAGGGUCUGGAGACCUUUUGUCGAGAAUUCAGACUGUUUAAGAACCUCCCGCAGUAUAACUAUCAUUGAAAUUGAACUUGGUAAAUUACAAUCCGGCUUAACUGCAGUCUAGGGGGAACCAUAUCCGGGUGACCUCUCUCGACUUGAAAACAACCUUUUUACUUGCUUUGCUUGUUUGCUUGUUUGGAUCUUCAUUAAAGUUUCACUGCUAAAUAAUAAGAACUCACAGAGUAGUAAUCACAUCUAGGACCCGGGUUGACAUUAAAACCCGAACCCGCUAUACUACGCUUUAGGAGGUGGUUACACAUGGCCAUUUUCUAGAGUGACGGUAAGAGCGAGUCACCCAAAGUAAAGGAGCUAUGUGGUGUUUAAAUCCACCAAACAAACCAAUCUCCUCAAGCAUCUCUGCUUUAGUUCGUGUCUCAUCCAUAUCUCUGGUACAGUAAACUUGAUUGAGCCCCUCCAAUCAAUGGUCCUAUCAAGCCAAAAGUGGACCCUAAAAUAGCAGUGUCUUUCUCCCUAGUCCCAGAGCGAUCAAUGCGUGUGAGGGGUAAGGAGAGAAUAACUAACCAGAAGGCAAACCGCAGUUCCAACGCAAAUGAGCCGCCAAGAUUUCGUUGGGAACGAAACAGAGACACCAUUAGAGGUGGCAAUUAGGAUCCAAAUCCAUGAAUCCAAUCCAAUCCAUCCACCAAAUUAUCCACCUAAUCCAAUCCAUUUAAAUCCAAUCCAUUUGAUCCAAAUCCAAUUGGAUUGGUGGAUUCAUGGAUCAAUCCAUGGAUCCAAAUGGCAAAUUACGAUUUGGUACCUAUAUUUUUUAUAUUUUACAUUUUGGUACCUAAAAUUUAUAUUUUUAUACGAAAAAUAUCAUUGGAAAAUUACAUUUUGGUACCUAAAAUUUUUCAUCAUGACAUUUUAGUAUCUAAACUUUUCAAAAUUUACAUUUUGGUCCAAGCCUUGAAUGUCAUUUGGAUUCAUGGAUCAAUCCACCAAUCCAUUUGAUCCAAUCCAUGAAUCCACCAAUCCAUUGGAUCCAAUCCAUUUGAUCCAUGAAUCCACCAAUCCAAUCCACGAAUCCACGAAUCCGAUCCAAUUGCCACCUCUAGACAUCAUGCACCCUCCCAUACUUGAGUCGCAUCCGAGUUGUAAUAGUAAAUAUGAGUCACAAUGUGCAGUGUUUUAUGACAGUAAAUGGCCCUUAGAGCA